CUCGUGAGCGCGCAGCAGCAGCAGCCGCGAGGACGCGCAGAGGGUGAGAGGCGCGCGCAGCAGCCCGCUCACCCGACACUCUCACGCGUGAAGCGGGCUGUUUGUUUGUUUGUUUGUUUGUCUGUCUGUCACCGCCGCGUCUUGUAUUCCGACUUUUCUUGAAGACCGAGCAUGGUUAGCGGUAAUUUGGGCUUCUGCACACGAUGACCUUCCUCAUCCUCAUCCUCGCUGAGCAUGGCGGAGUCAGAUGGUGUGGAGUUCUGUGCGAAUCGAGCUCAAAGCAGCAUGGCUAACAACAAGAAUAGCACGCUCCGUUGUACUUUCUCGGCCCCCAGCCACAGCAACACUCUCCUGAGGGGACUGUCUGCUCUGCGCGAUCAAGGUCAGUUGUUGGAUGUGGUUCUGGCCAUUGACAACGAGCGGUUUGAGGUUCACAAAGCGGUUUUGGCCUCCUGCAGUGACUACUUCAGAGCCAUGUUUACUGGAGGAAUGAAGGAGUCAAACCAGAACACCAUCGAGCUAAAAGGUCUUUCAGCCAGAGGACUGAAGCACAUUAUUGAUUUUGCCUACAGUUCUGAGGUCACUCUGGACUUGGACUGCAUUCAGGAUGUUCUUGGUGCAGCCGUCUUCCUACAGAUGGUGCCUGUGGUGGAGCUUUGUGAGGAGUUCCUGAAAUCGGCCAUGAGCGUUGAGACUUGCCUAAACAUCGGCCAGAUGGCCACCACUUUUAGCCUCUCGUCCCUUAAGCAGUCGGUCGACGCGUUCACCUUCCGCCACUUCCUGCAGAUAGCUCAGGAGGACGACUUCCUUCACAUUCCAAAGGAACGACUGGUUUUCUUCCUUCAGAGCAACAAGUUGAAGAACUGUAAUGAGAUCGACUUGUUCCACGCGGCAAUCCGCUGGCUGCAGCACGACGCAUCCAGACGAGCGGGGGCCAGCGAAGUGCUCUGCCAUGUGCGUUUCCCUCUAAUGCGUUCGUCUGAACUCGUGGACAGCGUCCAAACCAUCGACAUCAUGGUGGAGGAUGUGCAGUGUCGACACUUUCUCCUAGAGGCCUUCAAUUAUCAGAUCCUUCCAUUCCGACAGCACGAAAUGCAAUCACCUCGAACUUCCAUUCGUUCAGACGUCACGUCUCUUAUUACGUUCGGUGGAACGCCCUAUACCGAUAACGAUCGGACGGUCAGCGGCAAAGUCUACUAUCUGCCUGACGUCACAGUGCGACAGUUCAAAGAGUUGACGGAAAUGGAGAUGGGAUGCAGCCAUGCGUGUGUAUCUGUUCUUGACAAUUUUGUGUAUGUCGUGGGUGGACAGCAUUUGCAGUAUCGCAGUGGAGAGGGCGCAGUCGACAUCUGUUUCCGCUACGAUCCCCAUUUGAACCAGUGGCUUCGAAUCCAACCCAUGCAAGAGAGCCGCAUUCAGUUUCAGCUCAACGUAUUGCAUGGACAGAUUUAUGCUACUGGGGGACGCAACCGAUCUGGCAGCUUGUCCUCUGUAGAGUGCUAUUGUCCGAGGAAAAAUGAAUGGACUUUUGUGGAUUCCCUCAAAAGGCGGAUAUGGGGUCAUGCCGGAGCGACGUGCGGCGAGAAACUCUACGUCUCAGGAGGUUACGGCGUGUCUGUGGAGGAUAAGAAGACUCUCCAUUGCUAUGAUCCGACCUCGGAUCAGUGGGACUUCAAGUGUCCCAUGAAUGAGCCAAGAGUCUUGCAUGCUAUGAUCAGUGUGAACAACCGUAUUUAUGCUCUCGGUGGCAGAAUGGACCAUGUUGACCGCUGCUUUGAUGUACUAGCUGUAGAGUAUUACGUUCCAGAAACCGAUCAAUGGACAACAGUCCAACCGAUGCGAGCUGGUCAAUCAGAGGCUGGCUGCUGUCUGCUGGAUAAAAAGAUCUAUAUAGUCGGAGGAUACAACUGGCACCUCAAUAACGUCACUAGUAUUGUACAGGUUUAUAAUACGGAGACCGAUGAGUGGGAAAGAGAUCUUCAUUUUCCAGAGUCUUUUGCGGGAAUAGCUUGUACGCCUAUUGUACUUCCUCAAACAACCACCCAGCGCUAAGCACAUAAUGCAUUUACUGCAUAUUUAAGCUUAAGAUUUAGCGUCCACCUGGACUGCAGUGAAAGUAAUGGUGUAAUUGGCUUUGCCAUAAUGUCAUGUCUUUGGUUUUGAAGCAUGCUUGAUUGAAAGGUUUGUUCACAACGAUAUAAAAGCACACUUUUUUUUGAGAAUGUGAAGCAUCUUCCUACACACUUCUCAAGCAGUAUUGUUGUCCUCGGCUCUUCUUGUAGAUUGCCAUGUUUCAUACUAAUGAGGGUUAUGUACAAGUCCCUAUGGGAUUUGCACUGACAGCAGGCUUGAAUGGACCCACAACAUUGGAGCUAUGUCAUCAAGUUUUCAUCUUUGUGAAUAUCCGACAUGUAUUCACAAUACUUCCUAACCUCCAGAAGUUAGUGCAAGUUUAUAAUGCAGAGACCGAUGAGUGGGAAAGAGAUUUUCAUUUUCCGUAAUCUCUUUUGGGACUUACACUUAUUGUAUUUCCCCAAACAACCACCCAGAGCUAAGCACAGGAAUUGUCUUUAUAUUUGAUUUCUGAGGAUGUGAAGCAUCUUUCUGCACACUUCUCAUGCAGUAAUGUUGUCUUUUGUAGAUUGCCCCAUUUCAUACUAAUGAGGGUUUCGUACAAGUGCCUGUGGGAUUUGCAAUGAUGACAAACUUGAAUGGGCCAGCAACACUGGGGCAAUGUCAUCAUGACUUCAUGAAGGAUUUAUGGUGUGACUAAAUGACACAAUCAAAAACUAUUCACAAGCAAUUAUUAUUAUAACGACUCUUUAUUCCAAUUCAUGUCAUUUGGGAUGGAUGAAUGAAUUGGUUGACAUCCAAACAAUUAAAAACUUUACCUCUGGGACAGAGUUGGCAAAACAUUACAGUAUGAUAUUUUGAAUUUGGUCCGCAAGUUACAAUUUGGACAAAAUUGUCCACUUUGCCAGGAUUUUGAAGAAGCUCUAGGUUUAAAACAUUGAACGUUAGCAUGCUCUUCUCAAGAUGUAAAGCUGGCUCUGGUUCUUCUUGUAGAUUACCACAGUGUGUGAAUCUCUUGGGUACAGCUCAGAUCUCUAUAUCACCGUUUAGGAUGCAGAUGGUCCCAGGCACAGCCUGUAUUCCUCUAAAUUAGACAUGACCUUGAAUUCAUGCAAAACGGUAGACCUGAUCUAUAUGUUUUUUUUAGGCAAACUUGUUUGUUUUGUGAUCAUUUGUAGAAGCGCCACUAGCAAGAUGUAGUGGCUGGUGUGUUAAUAUAUUUUGUGACGCUUUAUUUUGUGGCAGGUUCCUGAUAUUAGUUUUUUUUGUUUUAAUAUUUAUUAUUAUUAUUAUUAUUAUUCCUAAAAAUUAAGGGAACAUUUAAGAUAUUACCUCAUUUUAGGAUUUUUUUUUUUCCUAUCACAAACUAAACAAGCACAUUUCGUUAUGCACUUUAAUAUUCAGUGUGGUAAAUCCAGUGAUUUGAUUACUGAACAGUUGAAAAUGUGUUUUUGUUUUCUGUGAACAUGUAAUUUAGACAAGAUAUACAGUAUUACACAGUAGGUACUGGAUCACGUAUAUGGGACUAUGGCACAAACAUUUCGUAAUGACAUUGUUUUGGCAUGUUUUGUAUGAAUACACACUACAUUCUAGAAAAUUCCUUUUUUUUUUUUUUUUUUUUUAUUUGUGCAUUUAAUGAUUUAUUACAUUUAUUUUAAAUAUCUCAAUUUUUUUCAACAACACCAUUUUAUGUAUAUAAAUGGGUAAAUGACCACGAUUACAGUAGUAAAUGACUUGCCCUUAGCUCAGGACUCAUUUACAUGCUGAUAUAAAAUGUAAACCCAAAUAUGGACAAUAUCUGGUAAGACUUUUGAGCAAGUCAGCUGGGUCUUAUGAACAAAUGGCCUUUUAAUCUUGUAUUUAUGUCACAGAUCAGCCUUAAUCAACUUGAUAAAAGCAUUUAAAGUGCUGUUCGGUUAUUUCUUUCAUUCUCGUUGUUUUUAGAUUUAACGAAAAUCCUUUGUAUAAGUGCAUUUAUGAACAUCCAAAAAUUUAUAGCAUGUGGUUAAAUCACAAAAAACUUUGAAACUUUCAAUUUAUUAUUUCAAUCCUGUUCCAAUUUUGAUGUACGAAGUUACGUGUUGAACUUUUCAGGCGUGUUGUGUACUUAAUAAAUAACACUGAAUGUA